AAAACUUUUCUCUUUAUUCAGUAAAACUAGUUUAUUUUUGAAACAUUUACAUGACUGAGUUAAUUGCUGAAUAAGCAGGCAGCCUAGCCGCAUAAAUCGCACUUCUCUUAGACUUUACGAUAUUGUAAUUUUUUGUGGAAGGAAAAGAAAAUGUUAUUUUAAGUUUAUAUAGUGUAGUUUUUAUUAAUUAAUAAUGGAUAAUACAGAAUCUUCCGAUCAAAAAAAGGCGGUAAAACAAUUCAUUGAUUUAUUAAAUUCAUCGUCGCCACAUCAAAAACAAAUAAGUUCAUCAACAGCCAUACAAUAUCUCUUUGCACGUAAAUUUGAUAUACCAAAAGCUGUUGCUUUAUACGAAGCAAAUUACUUGAUCCGUCAACGUGAAGGUCUUUAUGGUUUUGAUACUGCUCUUGAUCCAUUAAGAUCCGAACUGGAAACCGGAAAGUUUACUAUUCUUCCAAGUCGUGAUGUCAGCGGAGCCGCUAUUGCUUUAUUUACAGCGAAUCUACACAAUCCACAAAUCGUAUCACACAAAACCACAUUACAAGGCAUCGUUUAUCAAUUGGAUGCAGUUCUUCAAUCAGUAGAAACUCAACGAAACGGUCUCGUCUUCAUCUAUGAUAUGAGCGGAUCUAAAUAUAGUAAUUUCGAUUACGAAUUAUCUCAGAAAAUUCUCACAAUGUUGAAGGGCUGCUAUCCCGCAAAACUGAAAAAAGUUUUAAUCGUUACAGCACCUCUAUGGUUUAAGGCACCAUUCAAAAUACUUCGAUUAUUUGUUCGCGAAAAGCUACGUGAUCGUGUUUUUACAGUGUCGGUGCCGCAACUGAGCUUACAUAUACCACGCGAUUCAAUUCCAAUUCAUUUAGGCGGAACUUUAAGAAUAGAUCAUUCCUCAUGGUUAAUUAAUUGUAAUAAAUCGAUGACGAAUCGUGAAGAGGACGAACUAUUGUCGCAGACAGUUGAAUCAUCUGAUCCUGAUCAGUUGAUAGCAACAAUAACGGCAAAUGGAAAUAACAACAAUAAUAAUGACGAUGAUAGCGGAACGACCACACUUACAAUAAAUGGAAGCGAGAAUAAUGGUACGACGGCUCAGAAUGGAACAACAGAGAUUUCGACACAAGAAACAAAUGGAAUCAUAACUGACAUUCAUUGGACAGCAACAGAAAAUCCACCGUCAAGUGCAUCGCCUUCAAGUGGAUUUAGUGAUGAUGAUAGCUUAACAGGUGGAACCAAUGAGACGGGUGAUCCGAAAACUAUAGAGCAAGUUGUAGACAUGGUGCGACAAAUGGGUAGAAAAGGAUUAUUGAAGGAAUAUGCUGAUAUUCGAGCCCAACCUCCAAAUGGAAAUUUUGAUCACGCAAAACUGCGAAGCAAUUUAACCAAGAACCGCUAUACAGAUGUGCUGUGUUAUGACCAUAGUCGUGUUGUUCUUUCAAACGACGAAGAUGAUCCUACUAAUGACUAUAUCAAUGCAAAUUUUGUUGAUGGAUACAAACAGAAAAAUGCCUACAUUUCCACGCAAGGUCCACUUCCAAAAACCACACCAGAUUUUUGGCAGAUGGUCUGGGAUCAACAAUGCUUAGUGAUUGUGAUGACAACAAAAACGAUGGAGCGAGGACGUGUGAAAUGUCAUCAAUAUUGGGAACCAAAAGAAGAUGAGACGGGCGAACAUGGGAAUUUUAAAGUCAAAACGACUGCAAUUGAUUCCAAUGAAAAUUAUUCAGUUGCAUCAUUAGAAAUUACAAAUAUUAAGACUGAUGAGACUCGCAACGUAUCACACUGGCAGUUCACAAGUUGGCCUGAUUAUGGCGUUCCGUCAUCGGCGAUGGCAAUGUUAACAUUUUUGCAACGAGUACGAGAAAAACAAGCUGAGAUGGUAAAAGAACUUGGCGACAAAUGGGCUGGACAUCAUCGAGGACCUCCAAUUAUUGUACAUUGCAGUGCAGGAAUCGGACGAACAGGAACAUUCAUAACGUUAGAUAUUUGCAUAUCGCGAUUGCAAGAUGUAGGAACAGUUGACAUCCGUGGUACAGUCGAGAAGAUAAGAAAUCAACGGGCUUAUUCAAUACAAAUGCCGGAUCAAUAUGUCUUUUGUCAUUUAGCAUUAAUCGAAUAUGCAUUGGCUAACAAACAUUUGAGUCCAGACAUUGAUCUUAAUGGAUUUUAUGACGAGGAAGAUUCUGACUAAAUAGAUUUUUUGUAUAAUAAAGAUAACAAACAAAAUAUAUGAAAUGCAUUUGUCCUAUAUGAUUUUGAUUGACGAAGGAAGGAGGAACCGUGAAAGUAAACAAGAAAAAAAAAUAAUAUUAAAAAAUAGUAGCAUAAAUGUAUUACCAUAUUGAAAAAAAAAAUCACACACACAGCAUGAAACGAUAUGUGACGUAAAAAAAAUCAAAUGAACUUUUUGUAUUAUUCAAAGUCGAUGGCCUAACAUGGCUGAUAAAUAUUAUCUCUCUCUAUCUAUUUCUUUUUAUCUUUUUUAAUUGAAAGAACGAGUGUUUAAUCACUCCUCUUAAAACGGCAUUUGAGGUGCUUUGAUAUUCAUUGAUUGGAGGUCUGGAAUGUGAUUGAGAAUUACGCACGUGUUGGUUGAAUUUUAACGGACUUUUUGAAUUUGAAAACCAUACAAUUUCUUUCAAAUUUGUAUGGUUCUCAAAGUUGUUUUCAACGGAUAAUUCAAAACCAUACAAUUUCUUUUUGAACCAUUGUAUGGUUUUGAGAAACAGAUCAAUUUUAAGAAACAUUUGAAAGGUUUUUAAGCACAAAUUCAUACAAUUACAAGCAAUUAAUGCCAGAUCACAACAAAUUGCCGCUCUCAACCAAGAUGCACAAUCGAAUAAUCUUUCCAAUUUUGGCUGAAAUACAUUCAGCUUUCCUAGAUGAAGAAAAGAAGAGAAAAGAUGAUGAGAAGAAUCGAGGGUGAUUUUAAUAAUUUUUUUCAUUUUGUUAAUGAGAAAUAAAGUAUAAUAUUUGUAAAUAUAUAUCUAAUAAUUUCAAAAAAAAAACUAUCAUGAAUUAUGUUAAAACGGAAAAAAUUCAAAGAAAAUUCUUCUUUUUUUCAUUCGAUUUGAAGGAAAAGAAAAU